AUGCCAGAAACACCACACCCCAUCGUGGGUCUGUGGGGUUUACUUGUUCAUAUUCUGUCAUCUGUUGGAGUCGUUUUGUACGGCACUAUCCCCUCAUUCCUCUGUGUAGCUUUGAUUCUUCCCCUUUAGCUGCUCCAUGACGGUUCAUUGUCACCACUGUGUGUAAUCAGGAAAACGUUGUCUUCCCACAGGAACAGUUGAAGAUGCUCUAGAGACAAUUUCAUGAAAUUGCUAGUCAUCAAAGGCCCAGGCUGUAUUGAGUUGUGAAGUUCAUCAGUAUAACAUUUACUAAAUCCACAUGAUUUAAUCUGUGGAUGCAUCAUUUUCCUACGAGGAUGUUCAACUCAGUUAUGUGUAACUCAGCUGAUCUGCAGCCAGACGGUCUCCUCUCCUGUCCUCUAGUAAUUCACUGUUGACCUUAGUGGGUAAGAGCGUUGUGCCAGUAACCGAAAGGUUGCUGAUUCUAAUCCCCGAGCCGACUAGGUGAAAAAUCUGUCGGUGCCCUUAAGCAAGGCACUUAACCCUAAUUGCUCAUGUAAGUCGCUCUGGAUAAGAGCGUCUGCUAAAUGACUGAAAUGUAAAUGUAAAUCUAUCUAUCUAUCUAUCUAUCUAUCUAUCUAUCUAUCUAUCUAUCUAUCUAUCUAUCUAUCUAUCUAUCUAUCUAUCUAUCCUAUCACGCACUCACUCACUCACUCACUCACACACCACACACACACACACACACACACACACACACCACACACACACACACACACACACACACACACACACACACACACACACACACACACACACACACACACACACACACAGAGGCAGAGACAAACAGACAUAUACAAUAUAUUCCCCCCUCUCCAUGCAUGUGCAAUGGGGUUGAAUCAUUGGAUUAAUGCAAUUUAUUAGCAAGCUCAAGAAUAGACUCCUUAAACCACUUUAUAAACUGGGUGGUUCGAGCGCUGAAUGCUGAUUGGCUGACAGCCGUGGUGUAUCACGGGCAUGACAAAACAUUUAUAUUUUACUUCUCUAAUUACGUUGGUAACCAGUUUAUAAUAGCAAUAAGGCACCUCGGGGGUUUGUGGUAUAUGGCCAAUAUAUCACACCUAAGGGCUGUGUCCAGGCACUCCGUGAUGCGUCGUGCAUCAGCACGGCCAUGGUAUAUUGGCCAUAUACCAAAAACCCCAGAGGUGCCUUAUUGCUUAAAUAUACUAUGCAUUUGACUUUGAAAAUGUCCCAAUGUUAGACCAUUUCAUGGUUGCCGUUCAUAGAAAGACAUGGGGACCCUCAUACCCCACCCCAUCCUACCCUCACACAGCUCCAUAGAAAGACAUGGGGACCCUCUUACCCCAUCCUACCCUCACACAGCUCCAUAGAAAGACAUGGGGGACCCUCUUACCCCAUCCUACCCUCACACAGCUCCAUAGAAAGACAUGAGGGACCCUCAUACCCCAUCCUACCCUCACACAGCUCCAUAGAAAGACAUGAGGGACCACCUUACCCCAUCAUAUCAUCACACAACUCCACAGAAAGACAUGGGGGACCCUCUUACCCCAUCCUACCCUCACACAGCUCCAUAGAAAGACAUGAGGGACCCUUUUACCCCAUCCUAACCUCACACAGCUCCAUAGAAAGACAUGGGGGACCCUUUUACCCCAUCCUACCAUCACACAGCUCCAUAGAAAGACAUGGGGGACCCUCUUACACCACCCCAUCCUACCCUCACAUAGCUCCAUAGAAAGACAUGGGGGACCCUCUUACCCCAUCCUACCCUCACACAGCUCCAUAGAAAGACAUGGGGGACCCUCUUACACCACCCCAUCCUACCCUCACACAGCUCCAUAGAAAGACAUGGGGGACCCUCUUACACCACCCCAUCCUACCCUCACACAGCUCCAUAGAAAGACAUGGGGACCCUCAUACCCCACCCCAUCCUACCCUCACACAGCUCCAUAGAAAGACAUGGGGGACCCUCUUACCCCAUCCUACCCUCACACAGCUCCAUAGAAAGACAUGGGGGACCCUCUUACCCCAUCCUACCCUCACACAGCUCCAUAGAAAGACAUGAGGGACCCUCAUACCCCAUCCUACCCUCACACAGCUCCAUAGAAAGACAUGAGGGACCACCUUACCCCAUCAUAUCAUCACACAACUCCACAGAAAGACAUGGGGGACCCUCUUACCCCAUCCUACCCUCACACAGCUCCAUAGAAAGACAUGAGGGACCCUUUUACCCCAUCCUACCCUCACACAGCUCCAUAGAAAGACAUGGGGGACCCUUUUACCCCAUCCUACCAUCACACAGCUCCAUAGAAAGACAUGGGGGACCCUCUUACACCACCCCAUCCUACCAUCACACAGCUCCACAGAAAGACAUGGGGGACCCUCUUACCCCAUCAUACCCUCACACAGCUCCAUAGAAAGACAUGAGGGACCCUUUUACCCCAUCCUACCCUCAGUAACUAGGUCACCAAUAUAUAUGCAGAUGCUCUGUUGGAUGAGGAGAUAUGAGAAGCCUAAAUUAGAUACAAUUAAGAAUAGAUACAACUUCCCUCUCUAUGACUGCGUCCCAAAUAGCACCUUGUUCCCUUUAUAGUGCACUACUUUUGACCAGGGCCCAUAGGGCUCUGCACUAUGUAGGGAAUAAGGUGCUAUUUGGGAUGCACGCCAUGUUCUGCUCGAAAUGUGAUUAAAACCACUUGGACGCGUUUAGAUUUUUCCCCGUGCUGACUCGUAGAAAACAUUGGAGGUAGUAGUAUAACCGGUAUAAUGUUUAUGGCUAUUUAAUAUUUACAUUUUUAGUCAUUUAGCAGACGCUCUUAUCCAGAGCGACUUACAGGAGCAAUUAGGGUUAAGUGCCUUGCUCAAGGGCACAUCGACAGAUUUUUCACCUAGUCGGCUCGGGGAUUAGAACCAGCGACCUUUCGGUUAUGACAGUUACAGUGCAGUAGAAUGAUCAGUAUAAUGUUUAUGGCUAUGACAGUUACAGUGCGUUGACUACAGCUGAGAAGGGCAAACCUUUAAAGCUUGGCUAUGAUGUAGUAUUUAUGAUGUACUUAUUCAAACCACAGGAAAAGAGAUUGGCUAGAGGUGAUUGGAUGAAUAUAUGACCUCAGAAACAGAAGAGGAAAAUACAGUUUUUUUAGCUCAGUGUAAAAUUAGUUUGGUUGAUGUACACACUUUUCAGAGGUAUUGUCUUGGAAAAACAGGGUUGGUAAGUGGCCUCCGUAACCAGGGGUCACUGGAGGGGACAAGGGCAUAGAACAGCCUGGUAAUAAAGUCAAUGGACUUCACUACAUCUUCCUCAUCCUCCUCAUUCUUCACUACACAGAUCUGUGUUGAACAUUUGAUGGUGAAGAGGAAACAGAGCAUAUUUAGAUUCCAACGCUUUCUUACAUUCUUUGCUUCAGUGUCUCUCAGAUAUGUAAAAAAAAAAACACCUGUAGCGUUCAAAACGUUUUAUUAUUGUUUAUCAGUAUGAGGAAAUCAUUACUGUUGUGAGCUAGGUACUGUUUGUCCCUACAGUAUUUUCCAGUUAAAUUCAUUAGCGUCCAAUAUACUCUGACGUUCAUUAAUUCAUAACUUUACCAAACUUCUUAGGGAUAAACACUUUUUGCGAACCCUCCUUCCUUUCCCCUCCAUCACCUCAGGAACCCUCCUUCCUUUCUCCUCCAUCACCUCAGGAUCCCUCCUUCCUUUCCCCUCCAUCACCUCAGGAACCCUCCUUCCUUUCCCCUCCAUCACCUCAGGAUCCCUCCUUCCUUUCUCCUCCAUCACCUCAGGAACCCUCCUUCCUUUCUCCUCCAUCACCUCAGGAACCAGCCUUCCUUUCUCCUCCAUCACCUCAGGAACCAGCCUUCCUUUCUCCUCCAUCACCUCAGGAACCCUCCUUCCUUUCCCCUCCAUCACCUCAGGAUCCCUCCUUCCUUUCCCCUCCAUCACCUCAGGAACCCUCCUUCCUUUCCCCUCCAUCACCUCAGGAACCAGCCUUCCUUUCCCCUCCAUCACCUCAGGAACCCACCUUCCUUUCCCCUCCAUCACCUCAGGAACCCUCCUUCCUUUCUCCUCCAUCACCUCAGGAACCAGCCUUCCUUUCUCCUCCAUCACCUCAGGAACCAGCCUUCCUUUCCCCUCCAUCACCUCAGGAACCCUCCUUCCUUUCCCCUCCAUCACCUCAGGAACCCACCUUCCUUUCUCCUCCAUCACCUCAGGAACCAGCCUUCCUUUCUCCUCCAUCACCUCAGGAACCAGCCUUCCUUUCUCCUCCAUCACCUCAGAAACCAGCCUUCCUUUCCCCUCCAUCACCUCAGGAACCCUCCUUCCUUUCCCCUCCAUCACCUCAGGAACCAGCCUUCCUUUCCCCUCCAUCACCUCAGGAACCCUCCUUCCUUUCCCCUCCAUCACCUCAGGAUCCCUCCUUCCUUUCCCCUCCAUCACCUCAGGAACCCUCCUUCCUUUCCCCUCCAUCACCUCAGGAACCAGCCUUCCUUUCCCCUCCAUCACCUCAGGAACCCUCCUUCCUUUCCCCUCCAUCACCUCAGGAACCCUCCUUCCUUUCCCCUCCAUCACCUCAGGAACCCUCCUUCCUUUCCCCUCCAUCACCUCAGGAUCCCUCCUUCCUUUCCCCUCCAUCACCUCAGGAACCCUCCUUCCUUUCCCCUCCAUCACCUCAGGAACCAGCCUUCCUUUCCCCUCCAUCACCUCAGGAACCCUCCUUCCUUUCCCCUCCAUCACCUCAGGAACCCUCCUUCCUUUCCCCUCCAUCACCUCAGGAACCAGCCUUCCUUUCCCCUCCAUUGCCUCAGGAACCCUCCUUCCUUUCCCCUCCAUCACCUCAGGAACCCUCCUUCCUUUCCCCUCCAUCACCUCAGGAACCAGCCUUCCUUUCCCCUCCAUACCCUCAGGAACCCUCCUUCCUUUCCCCUCCAUCACCUCAGGAACCCUCCUUCCUUUCCACUCCAUCACCUCAGGAACCAGCCUUCCUUUCCCCUCCAUCACCUCAGGAACCCUCCUUCCUUUCCCCUCCAUCACCUCAGGAACCAUCCUUCCUUUCCCCUCCAUCGCCUCAGGAACCCUCCUUCCUUUCCCCUCCAUCACCUCAGGAACCAGCCUUCCUUUCCCCUCCAUCGCCUCAGGAACCAGCCUUCCUUUCCCCUCCAUCGCCUCAGGAACCCUCCUUCCUUUCCCCUCCAUCACCUCAGGAACCCUCCUUCCUUUCCCCUCCAUCACCUUAGGAACCCUCCUUCCUUUCCCCUCCAUCACCUCAGGAACCAGCCUUCCUUUCCCCUCCAUCACCUCAGGAACCAGCCUUCCUUUCCCCUCCAUCACCUCAGGAACCCUCCUUCCUUUCCCCUCCAUCACCUCAGGAACCCUCCUUCCUUUCCCCUCCAUCACCUUAGGAACCCUCCUUCCUUUCCCCUCCAUCACCUCAGGAACCCUCCUUCCUUUCCCCUCCAUCGCCUCAGGAACUCUCCUUCCUUUCCCCUCCAUCACCUCAGGAACCAGCCUUCCUUUCCCCUCCAUCACCUCAGGAACCCUCCUUCCUUUCCCCUCCAUCACCUCAGGAACCCUCCUUCCUUUCCCCUCCAUCACCUCAGGAACCAGCCUUCCUUUCCCCUCCAUCGCCUCAGAAACCCUCCUUCCUUUCCCCUCCAUCACCUCAGGAACCAGCCUUCCUUUCCCCUCCAUCACCUCAGGAACCAGCCUUCCUUUCCCCUCCAUCGCCUCAGGAACCCUCCUUCCUUUCCACUCCAUCACCUCAGGAAUCAGCCUUCCUUUCCCCUCCAUCGCCUCAGGAAAUAAUACAGAACAACAACAAGAGAACAGAUGA